AUGCUUACCCGAGGAGUUCUGACGUCUCUUGCCCUCCAGGCCUUUGUUACCAUGACCUUGGCCAGCCCUACUCCCAAUAGAGCAGGUGAUGUCACUUGGACUGUUAGCGGUCCGAAAGAAGCCGUACGGGCUCUAGGCGCCCCUGGGGCGGCUUUGGAGGCUCUCGGCAAGGCCAUGCAGGCUAAGGCCGUGGCCUCGGCCGAUCAGCCAGCUGUCAAGUCUCGCGAGACAGCUGAUGAUCUGUUGAUGUAUUACAACGCUUGA